AUGGCUUUGCGACUGUCGGUUUCCGGGGUCUUCCUCGAUUCCAUUCCGCGAUCUAUCGGGUCCUCUCUUUGGGCCAUCUCCCUCCCCGUCCCGUCCCUCCUCUCCGAUCUUUGGGACUCGGUUCUCCGCGCAGCUCCUAAGAAAAAAACCUCCCACAUGAAAAGGCGUCAUCGGCAACUCGCUGGCAAGGCAUUGAAGGACGUGCACGGUCUUAGCAAGUGCCCCGCAUGCGGGCAGAUUAAACGCUCCCAUGUGUUGUGCCCCCACUGUGUGAAAGCGCACCCGGUCGAUAUCUUCUCGCUGGCCGUGACAGACACUCAGAUCUUGUCUGCAUCGGGCGCCUCAUCAAUCAAAGUUCAUUCGACUACGGACACGGACUUUCGCCUGGUGCAGUCCAUCGACAAUGCCCACAAAGUCGGCUGCCACCACCUCGUCACAGGAGCCAACGGCUCACGCGCGGUGAGCGCCGGCUUUGCAGGGGAUUUAAAGGCCUGGUCUUGCGAGGACGGAUACUGGUUCGCAGACAAUGCGACUUCGGCCAAUCUCGCGGGUGCGGACGCCUGGGCUGUGUCCUUGUCUCUCGAUGGACGAUAUCUUGCUGGGGUCACUCAAAAUGGGCAUAUCAAGGUGUGGGACUUAGGUGCAAAUGGCGCUCUCAUACGGGAUCACGAGACUAAGGGCAGCUUUGGCACUUGCAUCGACUUGUCUGCCGAUGGUCGCUUUAUCGCCAGUGGGCACGAAAAUGGUGCUGUCUACAUCUUUAGUGCCGAAACGGGCCGUAUGCCAUUCUCUCUAUCAGGAUUGGUGAAGCCGGUUCGAACCCUGGCCUUCUCGCCGGGUGGCAGGAUUCUGGCUGCAGCUGGUGACUCGAAGGUAAUUGUGCUGUAUGACACCGCGUCCGGGGAACAGAUCGCCAACCUCUCGGGGCACUCGGCAUGGAUCCUGUCUCUUUCCUGGAGCCACACGGGUGAAUACCUUCUCAGCGGUUCGUUUGAUGGCAAAGUCAAGGUGUGGUCGAUCGAUACCAAGACCUGCGUCGCUACACACUCCGAGACGGAGAAGGCAGUAUGGAGCGUAAAAUGGCUCCCAAAGAUCGGCCGGACUGAAGGAUUCGCGACUGCAGGCGCAAAUCGCAGCGUUGCAUUUUAUCGAGAAGCCACUGGGGGCUGA